AGAAAAUUAUAGUAUCUUAUUUCUUUCGUGGCCAACAAGCCCAAUACCCAAGACCGAGGUUCUGAUCUACAAUUUUUUGGACGUUUAUAAAUUAUUAAUCACUCUCAAUACAAGCCACAACCAAGUUAAGCAGCCCCACCCUCUCUCCAUCUUCAAGAACAUAUCAUAUCCGGCCUAGCUACCGAGAAAUGAAGGCGGAACUGGUGUUUAUCCCUUCCCCGGGGAAGGGCCACCUCGUAUCCGCGGUGGAGAUGGCCAAGCAACUCAUCGGCCGAGACCACCGUCUUUCAAUAACGGUCCUAAUAAUGAAAACCCCAUUUGAUAGUAAAUCCAAGGUCUCCCAGUCGCUGCUACUCGCGGCUGCCGAGGACCGGUUAAAGUUCGUCUACCUCCCGCAAGAAGACGAGGCGGCGUUGGCUAAGCUCCUGUCCAAGAACCCCGGAAGCUUAAUGUCGGAGUUUGUCAACAUGAACAAGCAACACGUGAGAGAUCACGUAAAAAAGAUGAUGAUAUCGACCGAGUCGACUCGACUCGCCGGGUUCGUGGUUGACAUGUUCUGCACCCCGAUGAUGGACGUGGCGGCCGAGUUCGGGCUCCCCUCCUACGCUUUCUUCACCUCCAGCUGUGCUUUUCUCGGCCUCAUGUUCCAACUCGAAACCCUAAACCGGGACCACAACCAGGAUGUUACUGAGUUGAAGGACUCGGACGCUGAGUUGGAAGUCCCGGUUUUUGUGAACCCAGUUCCAGCUAAGGUUUUGCCUUCUAUGGUCCUGUCCAAGGAAGGAGGGUCCACAUUUUUCAUGGAAAUUUCCAAGAGGUUGAGAGAAACAAAGGGCAUUAUGGUCAAUACAUUUGAAGAGCUGGAAUCCUAUGCGGUCAAGUGCCUCGCCGAGGACGAUAAGGUCCCGCCAAUCUACCCCGUGGGACCCGUACUCCACCUCGUGAAGGACGAAAACAAGGAGGAGGAAGGGGUGAUCCAGAUCAUGAGGUGGUUGGAUGAUCAGCCGCCGUCGUCGGUGGUGUUCUUGUGCUUCGGGAGCAUGGGAACCUUUGAAGCGGACCAGGUGAGGGAGAUAGCACAAGCCUUGGAGCAAAGCGGGCACCGUUUCUUGUGGUCUGUCCGACAACCUCCGCCAAAGGGCAAAAUAGCGAUGCCAGAUGAGUACCAAGACCUAAGCGAAGUGCUACCAGAAGGGUUCCUGGAACGUACAAUAGAGAUUGGGAAAGUGAUCGGGUGGGCCCCACAGGUCGCUGUGCUGUCCCACAAAGCGGUUGGUGGAUUCGUGUCACACUGCGGGUGGAACUCGACGUUGGAGAGCUUGUGUUGCGGGGUGCCGAUGGCCACGUGGCCGAUAUAUGCUGAACAACAAAUGAAUGCGUUUCAAUUGGUAAGAGAAUUGAGGUUGGCCGUCGAGAUAAAGUUGGACUACAGAAAGGAUUUUGGGACUACUAAUAAGGUUAAUUUAGUGACAGCGAAUGAGAUAGAGAAUGGAAUAAGAAAAUUGAUGGAGAAUGAGGACAAAAGCAAGGAAGGAAUCAAGCAGAAGGUGAAGGAAUUGAGCGAAAAGAGCAAGACUGCCGUUGAGGAAGGAGGGUCGUCGUAUAAUUACAUUGAACGCUUUAUUGAGGUUGUCAUGACUAACGUACACUCGCCAUAGUUAACUGGUGAAUUGUUUGUAAUUCUAAACUGUAAGGACCUACUAGGGACUUGCUUUUGAUCUCAUUUGAAUUUCUCCCUUUCUUUUCUCGAUUUAAUUCACACAUUCUGAUUCUCA